ACGUACACUAUCAAAAAUUAUUAUUAAAAGUUACAGAAUAGGUACGUUACUUCUCCGUCCAUAAGCGUAUUGUUAUAGAUACGUUAUUGAAUUUUAUUAUGACUGCAUUGCGCAUGAGCAAAAAAGCGGCACCGAGAACAACUGGGUUCAUUCCGUCCAUCGGUCCCUGUUGUAACUUGUGCUAGAGUUUCAAAAAGCGGCACCGAGAACAACUGGGUUUAUUCCGUCCAUUGGUCCCUGUUGUAACUUGUGCUAGAGUUUCACUGUGUAUGAGACAAGUAACAAGGUAACAAGUAUUAUUAGAGCGUGUUACUUCGUCCUGUUCAAGACGGAAAUCAACGGAAAUCCAUAAGUGAUCUCUAAGGGCAGCAGAAGAAGGAGAAGUAACAACAACUUUACGAUAUCGUUGUUUGGCAGAAGAAAAGAAAAAAAAGGAAAUGGAUCAUGAAUCUCAAAUUUCUUCUGAUUUUGAAUAUUCCAAUACAUCACAAGAUGUAGAAAGCUGCAGUGAUAUCGAAAUUUUAAAUGACAAUACUGAUGGAACUUAUGAUGAUUGUAUGGAAUGUAUUGUUGAUUCUGAAACAGAUGAAACAAUAGAUGAUAGUGUUAACUCUAUUGAUGGAGAUGAAAUAUUUUACAAUGAAAAUAAUUUUGAUGAUUCCGAAAAUGAGAUAGAAAUUGAAGAAGAGAGGCACUUAACUUUAUAUGAUGGUUGUGACAUUUCUAAUAAGGAAAGUGAAUUGUUAAUAAUAGCUUAUGCUUUAAGGCAUAAUUUAACUGAUAAAGCCUUAGAAGAUCAGUUAAAGUUAAUCGACUGUCAUCUUUCUCACAGCGAACAUCGAUCUAAAUAUCACUUUUUAAAAUCAUUCACAUAUCCAAAGUUCUUAGAAUAUUACUACUGCGUAAAAUGUUUUGUAAUUUUAAAUUUUGAAAAUGAAUAUUUAAUUUGUGAUUAUUGCCAAAUGCAAUAUUCAAAAUUAAAUUUAAAAGAAAGUAGCCAUUAUUUUAUUUAUAUACCACUAGAAGCACAGCUUAAAAAUCUGGUAAAUAGUGAAGUUUUUUAUCAAUUCCGAAAAAUUGAUAAUGAGGAAAACGACAUCGUCAACGGAAAUGUUUACAAACAACUACGUGAAAAAAACGUAAUUAAUGAUUUUGAUUUAAGUAUUACAUGGAAUACUAAUGGAGUUCCCCUACACAAAUCUUCUAAGUGUAGUAUGUGGUCACUUCAAGUUUGUAUUAAUGAAUUACCUUACCGAGUAAGGAGAAAAAACAUGAUUCUCUGUGGUUUAUUUUAUAACGAAACGAAGCCAAUUAUGAAUAUUUUUUUGGAACCUUUCGUUAAAGAGCUUUUAAGUUUAUGUGAAAAUGGUUUUAAUAGUACGACAAUAUAUCAUGAAGAACCAAUAAAUAUUAAGGUGCAUACAAUAUUAUGCUCUGUCGAUUCAGUCGCAAGACCAUUAAUACAAAAUAUAAAGCAGUACAAUGGAGCUUAUGGUUGUUCGUACUGUUUUCACAUAGGUGAAAGAAUCAAUGUAGGAAGAGGGUUUGCUCGUGUUUAUCCGUAUAAAAAAAAUAUUGAAACUCGAUCAAAGGAUAUGCAUGAUAAAUUAGUCAAAGAAGCUGUCGAAAAUAAUAUUAUAAAGAAAGGUGUAAAAGGACCAUCUAUAAUGUCUUUACUUCCAUAUCAUGAUAUAAUUCAAGCAUAUCCUCCAGAAUAUACGCAUGCUUGCAUAUUAGGAGUAGGUAAAUUAUUUGGAAGUGAAUGGUUCAACAGUAAGAAUAGUAACGAGCAAUGGUAUAUGGGUAGAAAAUGUAAAGAAUUUGAUGAUAAAAUGUUAACUAUCAAACCACCUUGUGAAGUAACAAGGACGCCACAAUCAAUAUUAAAUUAUACAAAUUAUAAAGCUAAUGAUUGGAAGAAUUUUAUUUUAUAUUAUUCAUUACCUUGCUUAAGCAAUUUAAUGAAACAAGAAUAUAUAAAGCACUGGUUUCUUUUCAUAUAUGGCCUUAGCAUAUUUUUAAAAACAACAAUUACAGAAGAAGAAUUUCAACUAGCUGAAACGGCAUUACAUAGUUUUGUGAAAAACACUGAAAUGUUGUAUGGAAAGACAUUUAUGAAAUACAAUGUGCAUUUACUUCUACACUUACCUUUAUUUAUAAAGAACUAUGGUAGUCUUUGGGCGUGGUCCGCCUUCCCAUUUGAACAUUACAAUGGCGUACUAAAGCAAUUAUAUCAUGGAACACAAUUCAUACCUCAACAGAUAUGCAAGUUAUAUUAUCGAUUAAAAUACAUUCAAAAUCAAUCCAUUAUUUUUAGUGAUGCUAGAUGUAGUACAAAAAGUAAAAACUUGUAUUUAAAGUUAAUGAAUGAAUGUAGAGUUAAAAACUGCAUUGAAUAUGAAGAUAACUUAAGAAUAUUUGAAAAACCGCAACGUUUGGAAUUAUCAGUUGUUGAAAAACUUGCUAUAGAGACCACACUAGAAGAAAGAAUUAAUAGUUUCGCAUUAAAAUAUUACAGAUUUAUUUAUAAAAAUAUUCUGUACCAUUCAUAUGAUUAUAGACGUUUACUAAAGAGAAAUAAUAGCUGUAUCUUAGCUGACACUAAUCUAUUAUUAAUUGUUGCACUUAUAAAAGUAAAAUGUUCAGUUUCAGAAGACAUAAAAUAUGUCAUAUUAGGUAAAAAACUUACUCUUUUAAAUGAAAAUUUAUGUGAAAUUAAAAAUAUAUGUUCCAGCGCAUUUUCAUAUAUUACACAAGAAAGUACUACUCUUGUUUGUUGUAAAAUUUCAUCUAUUGUAAGAAAAUGCAUAGUAGUUCCGUAUGUGAGCGAUAAAUUAUGUGUAUAUCCUAUUGAAAAUAUAGUUGAAAUGGAUUAAAUUAAAAAUACAAAAGUAAUUUUGAAAAUAAAGUACCAUAACAUAUCACAUAGACAUUAUGAUGUACAAUUUUAAUAAAUAAUUCUAUUAAAUUAAAAUUUAUGUUAAUACACUAAAAGACAUUUAUUACAUUUAAUACAUUUAAUAAGACUUAUAUUUAAAAGUUAUAUUUAUAUAAACUUAUAAAAUUCUUACUAUAAUCUACUAUUACUUUUUAUAAAAAGUAAAAUGUUAUCAUCAAGUAGGUAUUUAGCUUAGUAUUAUUUUAAUAAGUUUUAUAAAAAUUUAGUAAAUUUUUUUACUGUAUUAAGGCUAUAUUGUAAAGGUGUGUAAAAAUACUUCUUAAAAAAGUUUUUAUUGUAACAAAAUUUAUUAAAUUUUAAUUUAAAAAAAUCAAAGAUUCUGUUAUAAACAGAAAAGUGUGUAUAUUUUAUUUUUUACACAAGUAUCAAUAAAUGUUAUAUCUAAAAUGUAUAGUAUUGUUUCAACGCAAAGAAAAGAAUUUUCAUUGCCAAAGU